AGACACCUACAACGCCUUACGUACUUUGAUGAUCUUGAUAUGGAAGACAACAGGAGAUUAUCCUUCUUUCACGUAGUACCUAAUUCCACAUUCAGAAUGAAGUUUUGGCCACAGUGGGUAUCUUUAAUUCAAGCUUCAUAUCAUGGUGACGUCAAAGGUAUGUAUUACAGUCGAAUAAUAGGUACGAUCCUCUUCAACACCGAAGUAUACUAUUCAGAGAUCAAUAAAAUAGAUUCUGGCGCGGUGCAUGUUCGCAACAGGCCUACUGUUUUUUUUUCUUUCUUCCAGUCCGGAUUCUUGACCUCUUAAGCCAUUUGCUUAAGGUAUUUAGCCUUUGUGCUAUUGUAUCAAAGAGAUUAAACAGAGAUCCUUCCAAAUUUAUUUUCAUUAUCACUAUCAUCAUCAUCAUCAUCAUCAUCAUCAUCACGAUCAUCAUCAUUGUUAUUAUUAUUGUUAUUAUUAUUAUUAUUAUUAUUUAUUUAUAGUUAAAAGACUAAAGUUAUCAGGAAUUUUCGGCAUUCUUUUAACCCCUAGUUAAAGCAAAUCGCUUAAAUCGCAGCGGAUCGGGGAAAUAACCGCACAAGAAGCAAAAACAAUUAAGCAAAGUAAAAUAGACGAGUUCCUGGCAAAUUGUAUUUUAUUGAAAACUCUAGCGAGUAUCUUUUGAAUAUAUUACCUUUUUCAUGAAUUCUCAUCAAAUCCUUUAUCUUCACGGCCAUUUUCAGGAUUAUGCAACAUGUGCUCCAUGCAACUUGAUUGACAUAAAGACGUAACUUAACGUCGUUAUGACGUCGUCUGAUUGAAUUUAUUGUGAGAACCUCAAUAUUUUCAACAUUCUCCUGAAGUAGCCAUAAAAAGAAAAGUUAGCCAAAUUAGAAACUAAGUAGCGAUAAAAAGAAAAAUUCUAAAAUAGUAAGGUGUCAUGAUGACGUCGUUAUUGUUAAGAAGAAACUGGAUUCAUCGGCCAUUUUGGAUCUGCCAUUUGAAUUGGGUAAAAUAGAGGUGAGCGUGAUAUAAAAUUUUAUCGGUGUAUAUAGGAUGCCAAAAAACAUAAAAAAGGAAAAACUGCUAGUUAUAAAAUUCCGAGAGAAAUGAACACUGUUGAAAAUUUAACUCAGCAUUUGCUAUUUGGUCAUUUUGUUGUUGAUGUUGUUCUUGUUGUUGUUUUUUGUUUUUGCCUUGCUUUAUGUUUUUGUUUGUUUGUUUGUUUGUUUGGUUUGUUGUUGUUUUUUUAAUCCUCAAAUUGGUCACUAGAAAGCUAGCCGAAACGUCCCAAGCGACGAAGAGCGAAGAGAAACGGAUGUUUUCGCAGGCUAGCUUUCUAGUGACCAAUUCGCAGGCUAAUAGAACAUCAACACACACGCACACCCUGCAAGGUAAAGUGUCAGCGGUUGACACCAACCGAGAAGUAGAUACGUGGUGUCACCAUCAGCAAAAAAAUGGCGGAUGCAUGUAACGUUUUUAUGAAUACAGUUCGAGGUGCUCUAGCUACCGCUGAAGCGGAGCUGGUGGAAAGUGGAAUUGACAAAAAGAAAGUGCAAAGUGCCUUGGAGGAGGUUAGGUCUUUGCUUCGGCCAAUUUCGUUUCGUCAUUUUGAGAGGCCUGAAGAAUUCAGGCACAAGGUCGGAGAAUUAUACCCUAUGUUACAAAGGCAGGCGAUAGGCUGGGUGAAGGAAUUCAAGCGACGGAUGACGCCUGGAUGUUCUGUAAAACACCCUUGGAAAGUAAUCGUGAAGGAAAAGCUUCCGAAGGAACUUUUUGAUAUGGUGGAAGCCACUGUUUCUCGGACAAGCUUUGGUGAGAUUAGCAUGAAAACACAAACAAAUUGUUUGUUUACCUUUACUUCACAGAAAGAAGUCAGAAAACUGUUUUCUGAUUUAACUGAUAAGAGUACUGGCCGAGGAAGUUUUCUGAAAAGAAGAUUGGAAGGGGGGAAACGAGUGGAAGCCAUUAUUGACAAGGAUAAACAAUUUGACGUGAAAUAUUCUUUUCAUAAGGAAAUGAUUAUAUUUGAGUUUUAUUAUGGCUAUUGGAAUGGACAUGGCUGGCCUCAGCAUAAUAUGUAAACUAUUCACUGGAUACAAAUUAUUGCACAUGACAGCUGGAACAUCUUGAUAUUUGUCUUCAAUAUAGUUUUAUUAACUUUUUUAUACAUUUAUAUAACUAUAUGCUAUAUUGUAUUAUCUGAUCUUUUCAUAAAAGUCAUAUGUGAGGAUAUAUUAUGCGUAUGGGAUGUCAUAGCGUAAAAUGUUAGAUGCAUGUUAGCUGUUCUUCAAAAAAAUUGAUGAAAACUUAUGAAAAACUACAGGAAAGUGGACAAAAAUUAUAAUGAUACUUUUUCAUGUGUCGAUGAAGGCCUACACCUGCUUCUUGAAAAUAGAAUAUUUUGUAUACGAGGCGAGGUGACUUUCCACAAACACAAGAACGUGAUAUAACCGGUUGUCCUUGUUCCUGCACAUUCAAGUUUGAACAGGACUCUCCUUUAAGUAAAUAAGCUUUUGGAGUUCACAGAGCUUAACAUACCAACCAUUAAUUACAUUGUUCAAGUAUUCCACAGCCCUUUUAAAUGAUUGUAGUUUUGUAAUAAUAUUACUCGAUAAUAAAACAUCAUUCACUUUGAUUCAUAUAUUUGGAUUUUAAAAUCUAUUUUUUAAUUGUGAGAAAAAAUGUAUAUUCUUAUAGUAUAGCAGGUCCCUAUUUCACUGCAGUAAAAAAAUGUAUGUUAGAUCUGUAUCAUUAAAUUUAUGUUCUUAAUAAUCGUCUGACAUUAUAUGUUACCUCAUCACUGUUAUUUUACUUAUAAAACUGAAGUGGCUGCAAUAACCUUGGCCUGCGAGCAAGUUCUCCAGGGUGCUCUGGUGGUGGGGCAGGAAAAGGAAGGAGAGCUUGCUACUACGUCUCUGGAAUUUGAAUAUCUGCAUCGAAAAAGUCGAUGCAAAAUAAUGAUUGGCAGAGAUGACAUUAGUAAUGACGUCAUCACCCUUGGCACGUGUUUUUCAAUGUUUGUUUACAUUCGCGCUCAUUUCUGCUUUGUGCUGAUUGGCCGAAAUCUGACAGCUCAGUUGACUGGGAGUCACAAGGAAAUUGGAAUUGGAAUUCAAAUUUCAGAGACACAUUGCAUGCUCUCUUUUCUUUCCCCAAUUCGCUGCCAGAGUUCUCUGGAGAGCUUGCUCUCAGGCUGCAGUAAGCUGAACUAGUGUACUUAAGUUAAUUAUCUGUUAACUCGCCAAUUUAGAAUGCGAAGGAAACCUUGCUGAUUUAGCUUUCGCAAAGAUUUCUAAGACUGUUACCAGGCACAGGGGAAAAUGGCCAAUAGUCGAAAAGCGUGUUCCGACUGACAUUCCCACAAACAAUAAUUAACAAUUAAUGAAUGAGGCUGAGUAUUUUAUGAAGAAUUAUGGAGAUCGAGGAGGGUGUUAUCCGUCAAGGUCGUAGGCUGAGGCAAAUAACACCUUCCGAGAUCUCCAUAAUUCUUCAUAUGAUACGAAAGGCGAAUUCAAUAAUUGUUUUAUUAUUCAUUCAAAAUAAUUCCUAGUUUAAAAACAUAGCUAAAACAUGCUUACCUCUAUCAAUGUUAAGUUCAUCUUUGAUAGUGCACGUUUAGGGUUGUUUUAACCCGCAAGGAAACUACACUUUUGACGUCGUUGGUUGAUUAAGCGCAAAAUUCUUCCAAAUUUGUUCAUCAGUAGCUGGCUAUGGUGAAUUAUGUGUGUGGUUUUAGCCAAUCAGAAUCGGGGAAAUAUUUGAAUGAACAAUAAUAACAAUUUAUUCUCUCCUUUUGCGCAUUACAUUUCCCGGUACAUUUUUUUUGUUUUGAGUUUGUUUUUGUUUUAUUUUUCUCAUACAGGUCGUAUUUUUAUUACUGGUUAAAACAUGAAAGUAACGCUUUUUUCAAACAAUAUAUCGUAGGAUGCAUUUCGGCUCCAGUUCCCUUCUUGUUUGUAAAGUGGCCAAUUGCUCUGCAUGUCUAUUGUAGCACUGGUUUUUCAUUCUACAACACAUUGCCAUACAAGGGCCGUCAGUCAUUGUUCAGUGGGUCAGAACAGAAAGAACAUUUCAUCUCGGCUCCACGCAAUGGCUUUAAACUGUGAUACGGAACACCUUUAUGACACAUAUAGCUUAAUGUUUCUUUGAAUACAAUUUUGUCACACCCAUUCUCCCUAAACACAAUAGUUACAUACUCAUGUUUAAACACUUAAGCCCAGCAGUAUAAACUAAACUGGGUAUUUUGGGUAAAUUUGGACAGAAUCCAUCUUCAGAUUUCUAACAAUUGACAUGAAGUGAUGACGAAUUUGUAUUUUCCUUCUUUUAACAACGAGAUUAGCAGGAAAAAUGGAACUUAUGUGCUCACUGGUAUCCAUGUUGAGGUAUGCGUGCUAGUGUGCGCAAGGUGCUAGGCAUGCUUAGGAAGGUGAGGCGUUUUUCCAGCCGUCUUCUUGGUUUUUCGUGUUGGAAAUGUCUCAGGGGCCAAAUGUGGACCUUUGUUCUUCUGGCCGGAUAUCAGGGGACAAAAUCCUGGCGUUUUAAUUUGAUUCCACAAAAUUGCUUAAUGAGGUGUAAACCCCCAGGAUAUAAUAAUCUAAUAAGUAUAAAUAGAUUUAAAUCAUUUUUCAUCCAAAAAAAUGCAGAUUUUGGUUGCUAUGGUGGCGUCAACGUUGACGUUCACUUUACGACGACUUUCAAAUGUUAACAGAUACCGCUAAGUUUGGCGGUCAUAGCUUAAAAGAGUUUGGAGUUGUUCAUGGUUGGCCAUGCAUUCAAAAUCUUGUUGCCAGCAUUUAUGAUCGAGUGAUUGUACUUACAGGUGUAAUGGCCUCAGGCAUCAGGCAAGUAAUGCCGGGGCGUGGCUGGUUUAGGCAAAUACUCUUCAAUGAGCGCGGUUAUGUCGCCCUGUUCAUCGCCUCUCACCGAGGUCAUGCCAAAGUUGUGUCUCGGCUAAUGGGUCUCGGCAUUGAUGCUUGUCGUAAAAUGCCUUCAGGAAGAUCAGCUAUUCAUGUUGCCGUGUUCAAAAGAAGGGUAACCUGCGUUAAUCUUCUAGUCGGUAGGUUAUCUGUGUUACCGUAAAAUUCCGAAAAUAAAGCCCCGGGGCUUAUAUUUUUCAAAGGCCCUUUUUUAGGGCUUAUUUUUGGAGGGCUUAUCUAUGGAGGGAAAUUUGCGUUUCAAAACCGAUUGGGCUAGCCUUAUAGCCUUACCAUUUUUGCUUUGUUUUGCUUUGUACUUGAGGGCAACUUCCAAGUACAAGCCCCCCUGGGGGGCUUAUAUUCAGAGGGGUGAUUUAACGGAGGGUUUUUUGCGUUACGAGUUUGGGGGGCUUAUAUUUGGAGGGGAUUAUUUUCGGAAUUUUACGGUAUCCCAUUAACAUAUUGAGCGACAAACUGUGUUUUAACUUUGGUGCGAAAAUUCAUCAGCGUCAAUUACAAAAUUGGUCUUUUGUGUAUUUACGAAACUUUGAUAUAGGUAAAUUCACGGUAAAUUCACUGUAGCGAGGAUUCGAAUUCAUCAGAUUGGAUGAGUAACAUUAAUUCAUUGGAUUAUUCAUUCAUUCAUUCAUUGGAUUAUUCCUUCCUUCCUUCCUUCCUUCCUUCCUUCAUUCCUGCCAUUCUUCAUUCAUUCAUUCAUUUAUAAAUGCUGGUUCUUUUUUAUUGUUAUUUAUCAUAAAGGUAAGUCCCGAGGAAUCAAAGACCAGCAAAAGUACCUCGUGAACUGUGUCCGCAGAAACACGUUCCAGAAUAUCGCUCAUCAACUGAACAGAGGUGAUGGCUGGAAACUGCUGGUCAUGCAACUCAAGGAACGCAUGUCACGGCGGGAAAACGAUGACGAGUUUAAGGGAUUGGUUCCUUUAAGAGAAUUUCAAAAAUACGAUUCAACAUUCUCCGCGCAUUUAAAAGGUAAUCGCCGGUAUAAAUACAUCAAUCAUGAAAAUUAUAAUGUGAUCUGAUAACCAUAUUUGUAAGAAUUUAUACCUCUCUAUAGGUUCACCUGCAAGACACUGAAAAUGUCAAUUUGACGAAAUGUGCACCUUGUUUUAUUGAGACGGUCAUAUAGUAAGACACAGAAAAAAUGCAAGCCAUUAUAAGUCUUAUAAGGUUCGCCUUUCUAUCAGAUACGAAAGCAGCAAGAUAAUAGCCCAAAUUGAACCAAUGUCGUUUUCUAAACUUUCCUUAAAGAGUAGUAUAGAUUGUUUUCAAUGUCACGCAACAAAAAAAUAAAUUGGAAACCGUCCAGUGGAAGAAGCCAGGAAAAUAAAAUGUUAUAAAAGACUAAUAUAUAAACAAUUUGUCCCAGUCUUAGGUCUUUGGCGCCCACAGUUUCUGAGUUAUUUGCCGAAACGUUUCCCACUCCUUUGUAAGCUUUGUAUGCGGAGACGCCCUAUUGGUGCACCGUUUUGGUACACCAAUAUGACCGCCGGAAAUCAACAAAAACAUCUGCAGUUCACUUUUUCUAUAAAAGCUCUUUCUUUUCACUCGAGAACUAGCAUACGUGCACAUAAACAUAUCUUCUAAUACUUGAAAUGGUUAUACUGCUGAAAAUCAAGAGGAGAGACUUUUUUUCAACGAGACAGCAUUCCAAUUUUGCUGUCACGCACUGUGAAAACUCUGAAGUUCAAAUUAAUGUAUUUUCGAAAUGAAACAUGCUACGGGACUGGAAACUUCUACCAAGAUUUAUUUUUUGUUUAUUUUCAGCCUAGUGUAAAUAAGAAUUUGUAAAACUUCACUAUUUUGACUUUGCAAUUGGAUGACGUCACUGUGAAAACCAUCUAUAGAAAGAGCUCCACUGAAAUUUUAAGUUGCUUUUUUUUGUACAAAGCAAAUUAAGGUCAUAAAACCCUACCUUUGUCUCAGACCCAUAGGUUUAAAUUUAUACCCCACUUCCAGAUCAAAGGGGCUCCUGGCAAUACGAUUUGGCGCCCUAACCUCCGGAGUAGAUAUCAUUUUUAAGAGUCAACCCCUUCCUGAAAUGUCACAGCAUGGAGCAUUUGUGAGGGAGCUAUUUUAAUAGUGACUAGUUUCCAGUUGUUGACGAUUAUGUUUGUCUUUACAGUGAACACAUCUAACAGGAUAAUAUUUCGUUUCAGGAUCUCUCGGAAGAAUUUACUUGUGUACUGUUCUUCAAAUGGAACCAUUUCAAAGACGGCCUUUACCGAAGCCUUGGAAAUGA